CGAAUUCCGUAGAAAAAUUUUUUCCAGUACAGAAAACUGAAAAGGAUUCCCCGAAAACAAACAUUUUCUAGCAGCAGAGAAUCUUUGCAGAGGAGGAUAAACUCCAAUUCACCCUCUCUCUCUCUACAUCUCUCUCUCUCUUAUGUAAGGCAAGAAGCCUUAAGGGGUAAGAACUAAGAAGGGCUUCUGUCGAUAAGGUCAUGGCGAUCCCAGAAAAGCUUCUGAAAUUCAAGUAUCAUUUCAUCGCCGGAGCCGUUGUUUCGCUUGUGUUCUUGUUGCUGGUCCUCCUUGCUCCCAGAUUCGUAGAUGUGAUCGUUUACUUUUGGCCCCUUUUCCUCUCUACAGCCAUGUUUCUUACCGCCGCCGUCGUCUUUGGUUGGUUAUCUCCAAUAGAACAUGAAGUCUCCGGGGAGAAAGCCGGAGAAGGGAUCUUAGAUUACGUUGCCGGAAAACCGGAACGGGUGGAGGAAGCGGAAGAGGAAAUUGAUCAGGAGACCCCGAAAUCUGAGAAAUCUGAGAGUAAAGAAACGGGUUUCGAAUCUCGAGUUUCCGAUGAGUAGAAUCAAAACCCUAUUUCUCUUUCUUUAGAAUCAAAAUCCUAUUUCUCUUUUCUUUCUUUCUCUCGUUUUCUGUAACUCUAAUCUAAAUCUAAAUCUCUCUCUCCUUUUUUCUGUGUUUUCUGGUAUUCUAAGCAACUGCAAGUACUUGAUAAUGUAAAUUUCAGUAAUAAUAGUAUAAAUCGCCAUUAUUAAUUCUCAGAAGACAUUAAUGGCAGCUUCAUCACUA